AUGCCAGCACAAUCAUUAAAAGUAAAUUUCACUGUAUUCAUCCUGUGGACAUUGAGCUUAAUUACAGCUGAAACAAACUUCUAUACAAUACCAAUAAUAGUUGAUAGAAUGGGUACAAUGAAAUUUACGUUCAGUGAAGUGAACGUAACAUUCACAUUAGAUCGAACAUUAACACUCCAAUGUAAACAGCGUACAACAGUACUAAAACUAACACCACCAACUAAAGAAGAGAAACGGGCGCACGGUGGAAAUCGUCCAUGUUCAUUUACAUUGCACAAUAGUUCCCGUUCCUAACGAAAUAACUGCAGGAAGAAAGUCAUGCAAGUUUAUUCUCAAAACGCCGAACUCAAUUCAUAGUAGCAUUUGUCUUAGAAGUAACGCUAGUGAUAUUAUAUAUUUUCUGAAUACAUUCUAUUUUUGGCCUAAA